UGCGUCUCAUUUACCCUAUGGCCGGCACGGUGCUCGGAGUGGGGGCUGGCGUGUUUACCUUGGCUCUGCUGUGGGUGCUGGUGCUGCUGCUGUGCGCGCUGCUUUCCAGAGCCCCCGGCCUGGCCAGGUUCUCUGUCCUGUUCAUCUUCCUUGGGGCUCUGAUUGUCACUGCUGUGCUGCUGCUCCUCCCCCGAGCCAGUGAGACCCCAGCCCCGGAGGUCGAAGUGAAGAUCGUGGAUGCCUUCUUCAUCGGUCGCUAUGUCCUGCUGGCCUUCCUCACUGCUAUCUUCCUUGGAAGUCUCUUCUUGGUUCUAACUAAUCACGUCCUGGAGCCAAUCUACGCCAAACCACUGAGGUCCUACUGAGCACUGUUCACAGAGACCCUCACUCGAUGUUGUCGCUGAGCAGAACGGCCCCGCUCGGGGCCUUGUCUUCAUAGUCCUCGUGGCUGAAGAUCAAGGGAAAAUCCGUUCGUUGCUAAGACAAAUUCCCUGAGCCCUGUCUCCCCGACACGUGGUUACAAAAUUGUCUCUUUGGAGGUAGAUUCUUGCCUGCUUACGAGGGUCACUGCUCCCUUCUCAGCACCUGCACCUCAUGUUCUCCAUCUGUUUCGUAAGGGGACUAGCAACAGUGCGUGAGCUGCUAGGAGUAGGUUUUCAGUCAAGACGCCAGUACGUGGAUUUGGGAAACAGUCCCACCUGGCUUCUGCUGUCCAAUAAAUGAAAGAAUUUGGUCCUUUUGAUAAUCCAUAAAAUUCUUAGUUAGAAGGGUAGGGUCAUUUGGAAAGGAAAGGUCAUUUCAAUGGGAUGAAGCGGAAGACUUACUUGGGUGCUGGUUGCUGACCACUCACUGUGUGUAUCGGCACAGGGCCACAGCGGCGCCCGCCUCAGCUCUAAUAACACAGGACACACCACCAGAGGCCCGGCUCUCACGUCAGACUCUUGGCCACAGCUUUCUGAGUCUGGUAUUUAUGUAUUUCAGGGUUUGCGAAAGAGUGUGGAAGGGUCCAUUGUUUGUCUUGCUGCUAUGUAUCUCUGGAGUCUUUUCCUCCCAGAAUUUGGUGGCCUUUCUGUGACUUCCUUAAUUACUUAAGAGUCCAUUUGGGGUUAUCAUCAUCUCUUUCAUCUUGAAAGUAGCCCUUUCUCCAAAGCUGAUGAGGAACAGGUAUUCCCAGGACUAGAUAUAACUUUGUGCUGGUCUGAGAUCCGAGACCAGGUGAAAUGUGUCCCCACGUGGAGGGGCCGGCUCCCCUCUGACAGCCUCCUCCUGCCCCUCCAGAGCCAUUUGAAGACGGAUCUCCUGGCUCAAAAUUAAGAGCCAGAAAACAAGCUGGAAAGAGAGCUCUGACUGAGUACGUGCUGUUCUGUCAGCAGCGCACUAGUUCCCUUGAAACAGAAUUUACUUACUGUUUACGACGAUCUCUUACCAUCCCCAUUUUAAAGCAGUGAAAAAGUAAAGGCUGUAAGAGACUUGCUGACUUGCCCAAGCUUUCCAGGACAGCCAGCACGCACACCAGCCGGGCAGACGGCAGGGCCUGUCUUCCCCUGGAUGAAGGCACGCUGAGCAGCCUGGAAUUUUGGUGGGCAGUGCGGGGAACUUGGGGCCCCUUCUCCUCGGCUGUCUCUCCUGGGCCCUGUUGUCAUUGUAGAGACAGUCCUGCCGCCCCAGCCAGGUUAAGCUCUAAGCUAAAAGCGGAGCAAACUGGUGACUGGGGAGCCAUGGGCCGGUGAGGUCAGCUGCGAUGACCCCCACCUACCCUUGAACCCUGUCUCACUCAGUUUGGAAAAGCUUCGCAGGUACGGCUCUGUCACAGAAGGCUUCAGAGGAAAUAGUUUCUCAGUCUGGCCUGGAGCCCAUAGCUAAGAAAAGAAAGCGCUCCCCCCACCGCAGCAGAUCAGAGGGAGAAAGAAGGACACGGAAAUGCGGAGGGAGGUGGGGCAAGGAGCGAGGCCUGCUGUCGCUCCUCGCCUGGGACCCUGGCACCGAGGCCCCCGGGUCCUGGCUGUCCUUGCUGCUGUCGAGCCGGCCCAGUGACUCCUAACAAAGCACAGGCUGCCACUUGUCACCUUCUCCUGACAGACUUGCUGAAAAAGCAAAUCCGGGAAAACUCUUACAGGUUUCUGGCCAUGAGUUCAUCUUUUUUAUUCCCUAACAAAGGUGUCUAAGGAUUAGAUUAAUGGACAAUGGCAACCAAGUUUGAAGGGGCUGCUUCCAUGGAGAAAACCGUGUUAUGGUUGAAAACGAAAUUUUUUUCACCAACACCAUUACCAUCCAAUUUUUGUUGUUUCCACAGAUGUAAGCGGCAGGCUCAUGUGGUAAGGGCAAAAUCCUACUUGGAACCAAGUAUAUAUUUUUAGCUCAGCCGCCCUGUAUAGAGCCUGUCUGAGACUACCAGCCACAGUGAAAAGGAGGAUGGAUUACUUUCUGCCUUCACACUCAAAGCCGCCACAUUCAGCCACCCCAAACCCUGCGGGGCUGGGGUAUGAAGUAAAAAAGUCUGUCGGGGCACAAAACGGCUUUCCCCGAGAGUUCUGCAGGGGCACCCCCUAACCAACGUCCCAUAGGGCACCUCUUGUGCACACAGCCUUCCCGGAGCCGUCCCUUAGGUAGAAACAAAUUAGCUUAGUGCCCCCAUUCACCAUUGUUUGAUCAGGUGGUGCUAUGCUUAUUCCCUGUCCAGAUGGAUCCUGUGGCAAACAGACUGUGGUAACUAACCCCUACUCUUUAGGGGUGGGGAGGGAGAAUAAAUCAAGGCCUCUGAUUUAUUCUAUAAGAAAGUGAGUUUACAGCCUUCUAAAACUGCGUGCUGGCAAAAGCUAAAUCAGCAGGACAUCACUUUCCCCUGUGCAGCGCCCACGUUUGUCUUAUCCACUAGGCGGCGCUAUGCUGUGUUUUACAAGCCUCUCAAACCAGGGAAAGCACACUAGGUAAUUUUUGGACAAGCUCCUUAAAUUUCUCAUUAAAAAAAAUGAAAGUAAAGCGAACUUUCUCUAUUGAUGCAUGAUAUCAGACAGUUAAUAAACAAUUCACAGUUUUUGGACCA